CUGCUUCUCUUCCCUAGCCCACGGCCGGUACGGCAACGGCACCACCUCCACCUCGCUCCGCCAGCCAGCGCGGGCGGAAAAAUUAAAGCGGACACGAGCAAAAAAGCAAGGCACGCACGCACGCACGAACUCCUCACUCCCCCUCUCCUCGCCGUCUCCUCCCAGCCUCCGCCAUUCCGAUCUCCUCCCCAGAUCCACCUUCCAUGCCGGGCCCUACCUAGCCCCUAGUCCGCACCCGCCAGCCCCCCCAGAAUGGGCCGCCCCAGGAUGCUCAGCGCCGGCGGCGGCAUCGACCCAAUCGCCGAGGAGCCGCACCCGCCGCGCGCCGCCGCCACCUACCCCGACCCCGCCGCCCUCGCCUGCGCCAUCUCCGCCGAGGCCAGCGCGGUCCUCGCCGUCAUGCGCCGCAGCCUGCGCCACCCGCGCGCCGCCGCCGACGACGCCGCCGCCGACCACCCGCUCGUCGCCUCCCUCAAAUCCCUGCGCCGCCUCGCCUUCUCCCUCCCCCUCCCCCCGCUCCCCUCCGCCGCCCUCCGCCCCUUCCUCGACGCGGUCCGCUCCGAGGAGGCCAACGCGGCGGUCACCUCCGCCUCGCUCGCCGCGCUGCACGGGGUCAUGGCGCUCACGGGCCGGGCCCUCCCGGGCGCGGCCCUGCGCGAGGUCGUCGACGCCGUCGCCGGCUGCCGCUUCGAGGCCGGCGCCGAGCCCCACGCCGAGGAGGCCGUGCUCAUGCGCAUGCUGCAGGCGCUCCUCGCGUGCCUGCGCGCCCCCGCUGCGCCCGCGCUCGGGGACCAGCACGUCUGCACCGCCGUCAACACCUGCUUCCGCGUCGUGCACCAGGCAGCCGCCAAGGGGGAGCUCCUGCAGCGGUUCUCGCGGCACGCCAUGCACGAGCUAGUGCGGUUGGUCUUUGCGCGACUACCGCUCAUUGGCGGCGCUGAUGAUGAUGCGGACGACGGCACUGUCAAGCCAGAGAUGAGUGGCAUGGAUAAGAAUCACCCGUUUGGGAUCGGGCAAAUGGAAAAUGGCAACGGAAGCUAUGCGUCUGAGGCAGGUAUACCUGAUGAGAAUUCUGCUGAUGAAAGCGGCCUUUCUGUGGAGCCUUAUGGAAUCCCUUGCAUGGUGGAGAUUUUCCAUUUCCUGUGCUCUCUCCUCAAUGUUGCUGAGCAGAUUGGGUUUGAUGAAGAUCUACCAUUGUUUGCCCUGAAGUUGAUCAAUUCAGCAAUUGAGCUUGGUGGGUCUGCAAUUGCGAAGCAUCCAAAGCUGCUGUCAUUGGUCCAAGAUGAGCUUUUUCGAAAUCUAAUGCAGUUUGGGUUAUCGAUAAGCCCACUUAUUCUUUCAAUGGUGUGCAGCAUUGUGUUGAACCUUUACCACCACCUCCGCAGUGAGCUCAAGAUGCAACUUGAGGCCUUCUUUUGUUGCAUAAUUCUAAGGCUUUCACAACCCCGAUUCGGAGCAACAUAUCAUCAACAGGAGGUUGCAAUGGAAGCCCUUGUAGACUUCUGUCGACUGAAGAAUUUUAUGGUGGAGAUGUAUGCCAAUCUCGACUGUGACAUAACCUGCAGGAAUGUGUUUGAGGAGCUUGCAAAUCUUCUAUCAAAGAGUGCAUUUCCUAUUAACUGCCCCUUGUCUUCUAUGCACAUUCUUGCUCUGGAAGGCUUGAUUGCUGUGAUUCAGGGAAUGGCUGAUCGGAUCGGGAAUGCAACCUCUCGCCCUGAACUCAGGCCUGUGGAACUUGAUGAAUACGCUCCAUUCUGGACUGUUAAGUGCGAGAAUUUUUCGGAUCCUCAGCAUUGGGUUAAAUUUGUCCGACAAAGGAAGUAUGUUAAGAGGAGGCUAAUGAUUGGUGCUGAUCACUUCAACAGGGACCCGAAGAAAGGUCUGGAGUUCCUUCAAGGCAAUCAUUUGUUGCCUGAGAAGCUUGAUCCUCAGAGUGUGGCUUGUUUUUUCCGCUUCACAGCUGGUUUGGAUAAGAAUCUUGUAGGAGACUUUCUCGGCAAUCAUGACGAGUUUUGUGUUCAGGUACUACAUGAGUUUGCUCAGACCUUUGACUUCGAGGACAUGAACUUGGAUACAGCCCUGAGGCUAUUUUUGGAGACAUUCCGGUUGCCUGGAGAAUCUCAGAAGAUACAGAGGGUUCUUGAGGCCUUCUCAGAUAGAUACUAUGAGCAGGCCCCGCAAGCAUUCGCGAAUAAGGACACUGCUUUGCUGCUGUCUUACUCAAUUAUAAUGCUGAACACUGAUCAGCAUAACAUGCAGGUAAAGAAGAAGAUGACUGAGGAGGACUUCAUAAAAAAUAACAGGAACAUAAAUGGGGGUAAUGACCUUCCACGUGAGAUGUUGUCUGAGCUAUACCACGCUAUCUGCAGAAAUGAGAUCAAGACCACGCCUGAGCAGGGUAUGGGAUAUUCAGAAAUGUCUCCUAGCCGCUGGAUAGAUCUAAUGCGGAAGUCCAAAUCAACACCCCCUUAUAUUGUUAGCGAUUCUCAGCCUGUGCUUGACCAUGAUAUGUUUGCUAUCAUGUCUGGCCCUACCAUUGCAGCAAUUGCAGUGGUAUUUGAUCAUUCGGAACAUGAAGAAGUACUGUUGACCUGUGUGGAUGGCUUCUUGGGCAUCGCAAAGAUAUCAGCAUUUCAUCAUCUUGAAGAUGUUUUGGAUGAUCUUGUUGUUUCUCUCUGCAAAUUCACCACUCUUUUGAAUACCUCUUUGGUUGAGGAACCAGUUACUGCCUUUGGAGAUGACCUGAAGGCUAGAUUGGCAACUGAGACAUUGUUUACCAUAGCUAAUAGAUAUGGGGAUUACAUACGUACUGGCUGGAGGAAUGUAUUGGAUUGCAUAUUGAGACUGCAUAAACUAGGGCUUCUUCCUGCCCGUGUUGCUAGUGAUGCAGCUGAUGAUUCUGAGGCUUCUAUGGAAACUGUCCAAGGAAAGCCUACUCCUAGCUCAAUUUCCACAUCUCAUAUUCCAGUGAUGGGUACACCUCGGAAAUCCUCUGGACUCAUGGGAAGAUUUAGUCAGCUACUCUCACUUGACAGUGAAGAACCAAGAUCACAACCAACUGAGCAGCAACUUGCUGCCCACCAGCGGACUCUUCAGACAAUCCAGAAAUGCCGCAUUGAUAGUAUAUUUACAGAGAGCAAAUUUUUGCAACCUGAUUCACUGUUGCAGCUUGCCAGGGCUCUGAUAUGGGCUGCAGGACGGCCUCAAAAGGUUGCCAGCUCACCAGAUGACGAGGACACCGCAGUGUUCUGCUUGGAACUGCUGAUUGCCAUCACACUUAACAAUCGAGAUCGAAUUGUGCUCCUCUGGCAAGGUGUAUAUGAGCAUAUCGCCAACAUAGUUCAGUCCACAGUCAUGCCAUGUGCUCUUGUGGAGAAAGCUAUUUUUGGACUUCUGAGGAUAUGCCAAAGGUUACUUCCAUACAAAGAGAACCUUGCUGACGAGUUGCUGAGGUCAUUGCAAUUAGUUCUCAAGCUCGAUGCACGUGUAGCGGAUGCAUACUGUGAGAACAUUACACAAGAGGUUGCACGCCUUGUCAAAGCUAAUGCUGGACACAUCAAAUCACAGAUGGGCUGGAGGACUGUAGUUUUGCUGCUCUCUAUUACAGCUCGCCACCCUGAUGCUUCAGGGGUAGGCUUUGAGGCCAUCAUGUUUAUCAUGUCAGAGGGUCACCUUUCAAAAUCCAAUUAUCCCUUCUGCAUUGAAGCAUCAAGACAGUUUGCUGAGUCUAGGGUUGGUCUAACAGAGAGGUCCAUUCGUGCCCUGGAUUUGAUGGCUGACUCUGUCAGUAAUCUUGCCCGGUGGUCACAAGAUACACAGGGGCCAGGUGAGGAAGCUGAUAAAGGAUUUGAAAUAAUCAGGGAGAUGUGGCUCAAAUUGCUGCAAGCGCUAAAAAAGUUGAGCUUGGAUCAGAGGGAGGAGGUGCGAAAUCACGCAUUAGUUUCACUCCAGCGAUGCCUAACGGCAACAGAAGGGAUAUGCCUCCAGUCCUCCACAUGGUCACAUGCUUUCGACCUUGUCAUAUUUGCUCUGCUGGAUGAUUUGCUGGAAAUUGGGCAAAAUCACUCGCAGAAGGAUUACAGGAACAUGGAAGGAUCCCUGGUGCUCGCCAUGAAGCUUGUAGCAAAGGUCUACCUUCAACUAUUACCAGAUCUCUUUGGAUUGAGCAGCUUCUGCAAAUUGUGGCUGGGAGUCCUUAGUAGAAUGGAGAAGUACAUCAAGAUCAAGGUCCGCGGCAAGCGCAGUGACAAGCUUCAAGAGCUGAUCCCGGAACUUCUCAGGAGUAUCCUUGUUGCAAUGAAGAGCAGAGGGAUCCUUGCGAAGAGGAGCACAAUAGGGGGUGACAGCUUGUGGGAGCUGACAUGGCUUCAUGUGAAUAACAUCUCGAUGGGUUUGCAGUCCGAAGUUUUCCCAAGCCAGGAGUAUGAGCAGCCAAAUAAUGUCAGUAGCCCAAGAGGGGUGAACAAUGUUGAGGCUCAGAACUAGAAGUUCACGGGUUGCCUGACGGUCUAGUGUGCCAUGCAGCAUGUGUUUGACCAGCUUGUUUGCUAAUCCAUUGAAACGUGAGGUUUUGAUAUUGUAACUGCAUUUCGCCUCCAUUGUAAGUUAUAAUUGUAUGCAUCUAUUCUAGCGUGCUGAUGGACCUGUAAAAUUGCUCGCAGUUGCUGUUGUUGUGUAAAAUUGUGACAGCAAUAUGAGCAGAUUGACAUGUUGUCACUGCUGACUUGAGCAGUUGUGAUACACGUAUUACACUCUUUUAAAGGUCGGGAGACUACUCGGCCUGUGAGAGCGUCCUCAGCAAAAAUUGCUCUUCCGUUGUAUAUACCUGUUAUUGUUUAGGCAAUGGUAUAGUCGAAGAGUUUAAAUGCAGAAUAA